GCCGAAAGUACUGUAACGAAAAGCUCUCCUUUCUUCAUUCGCGCUUUUACUCAAGCUCACCAUGUCCAGCAUCAACGGUAGCACAGAGGCUCAUGAACCUGCUAUCCUCAAUGUCCACACGCCUUCUUCGUCAUUUGCUAUCAUCCAUUCAACCAAUGAAUCAGUAACUGCGCUUUUCAAUGCACUCAGCCGUAAACACAACACGGACUUUCACGGUAAACGCGUCGGCCCCGGCUGGAUCAAGUACGAAUGGAAUGAGUCGGUGUGGAACCUUGAUGAUGAUGCGGAUUACACGAUAUUUGCGUGGCGGUUGAAGUCCACCUCAGCUGCCAAAAACGAAUCUCCAACCAUCUUCUUGCGCGACCCCCAAGCUCCAUUGCCCACUAUUUCCGAUGGGUCCUACCGGAAUCCGUCUUUCUACCUCUUUCGCCCUGGCAUGAACCCUCCCACUUAUUCUGAGGGUCAUCAUGAUGCUAUGUCUGUCAAAAGCAAGAAGUCAGCCAAGAGUAUGCCCAACCACAAUGCUCUCCCAAAACACAAGAAGGACUUCGAGAAAUUUCACAGCGGCAAUGGUGUACGCACAAUUACGGGUAGUAUUGGGCCUGUUCAAGGAGUCCGCAUGCUCCUCAAGAAUGGGUACCGCUAUGUUUACAUCUCUCGCAAAUUCGCAAUGAAGCACGGCUUCAUCCCUGCCGAUGCCGCACCGGGCCACUACGGCUACGGUGGUCUUGUCAACAUCGGUAAAUGGCCCAUCACGGUCGGUCGUACUAAGACAAUUCACUCUGUCUUCCUUUCUGAGGAGUCUCACUUCGAUGUCGUGCUUGGGCGAUCGUUCAUGGAGAAACGCCAGAUCAAAACGAACCCCGUGGACCCGACCGAUGUUGUUUGUCUAGACACUGGGGAGAAGCUUGACUGUGAGCUAGUCAUCCUGAAGGAUGGGAAGGGCGAGAUCGUGACCGUUACUUAAACAACUACCAUACUGGGCCCUAUCGUGCGGUUUCUUUCAUUUUUCUCUGAUUUGUAUCAGUCGGACGUUUUGGACAUGACUGUAUGUAUGUAGCAUCUAACAUUAUGUUCCCUGGAUCAUUAGGGGUAUUCUAUAGCUGAGUCUUGUGGUUGCUCUUCAGUACGAUUGAUAGCUCUGAAUGCAACCUAGCUUUGACAAUUG